AUGGCGUGGAAAAAACCCAGGAUACUGACGGCGCCGCCGCAAAACUCAAAGGAUGACUCAAGCUUUCCGGGCCUCAAGCCCCCCGGUCCGGAUGCGACGACCAAGAUUGAGUACGAAGAGCUCCAGAGGAACGAGAUUUUUGCCUUAGAAGCUAUAUACGGAGAUGAUUUCAUCCAGCAUACGGCGGCGCAUAGCGCUUGGAAGAAGUCCGACCCGUCAUUUGACAUACGGAUCAAAGCCCCAAGCGAUGAAGACUUUGCUGUGACAGUCGGAUUUACUAUUACGGCGACGUAUCCAAAGACACCACCGCUUUUGACCCUCAAGGGCCAGAGCUACCUCCGAGAGGCUACUGGGUUCAAGAUUCAGAAGUUUUUGGAAACACAGCCAAAGAUUUUCGCCAAGGAAGCUGAAGAGAUGGUCUACAAGAUUGUUGAGGGUAUUCAGGAUAUCCUUGAGGAUGCUGCGCAGGCAAAGGCGUCUGGUAAACAGCUGCCGUCGCUAGAAGAAGAGCGUGAUCGACACGAAGCGGCCUUGGCAAAGCUGGCGCAGGAGCAAAAGGAGAAAGAGAAGCGCUUGGAGGAAGAGGAGAUGAAGGAGCAGGAGAAAGCUGCCGCCGAAGAAUUACAACAAGAGCUUCAGCGGCAGAAGCAAAAAGCGAGAGAGUCAAAGUUCAGUCGUCGCACAAAUGGCUUGAGCCCUCACCGGCCAUCCUCAUCCUCGGUCUCGAAUGGCGAGACGAUUGACUUUGAUCAGUUUUGCACUGUGACUGAUCGCAUGGGAAAUGUUUUGACGUUCAGAUCUGUCACUGGGAAAUCCGACCCUCGUGCCGGAGAGGUUUCCACCGUUUAUACCGUGCGUCCAGUUCUCUCGAAUGGCCAAGGCAACCAACUAUUGGCGUUGAAAGAGGCUGUCUUGCGUCCAAAUGGGAAAGAUCAGAAAGAAUUCAAAAAGCAACUGCAGUCUUUAGAAUCUCGACUUCAGGAUCUCAAGAUUGGGAACAAGAUUCAUCACCGACAUCUUGUCGAUAUUCUUGAUUUCAAGGUCGAGAGUGGUGCAGCCGCUGAUCGUACCGCAUCCAGUACAUGGACGGUGAGGAUACUAAGCCCGCUGGCCGAGAGAGGCUCACUGGAGGAAUUGCUAGAGCUAGCAGGCCAUCUCGAGAUAGGAAAAGUUCGAGCUUGGACAAGAGACCUCCUGGAUGCGCUAAACUUCCUUCACAACAAGAACAUAGCCCAUCAAAAUAUCCACCCAAGGAAUAUCCUCCUCUUUAGGGAGUCCACCGGUGAAAUUAUACCAAAAAUAUCUGAUGCCUCAUAUCAGAGAGAGAUUCACAAUCUCACUUCCAAAAAGCAAGGCCCCCCAGGGCUCGCCACCGCAAAGUCUGCGUAUUGGCUACCACCAGAGAUUGCUGCGGCCACCAAACCUCAAUACACAUCCAAGGCUGAUAUAUGGGACUUUGGCAUUGUAUUCGUACAGAUGGUAUUUGGGUUAGAUGUGCUUCGCAAGUAUUCGUCUCCCAAAAAUCUGAUGGAAUCGGUGAUGCUUUCCCAGCCCCUCCAAGAGCUGGUCAGCCGUUUCUUCAAAGACGAUAGGCAGAAGAGGCCGAGAGCGUUUGAACUUGGGGCUAGUGAAUUUCUUGCGACAGAUGCUCCUGUCCUGUUUGAAGACAGUUCUGCCAUGCUGUCUCACAGCCCAUCCAUCAAUUCUUUGCAAGCCCUUCCCGUGAGGCUCAGACGAGACUCAAUGAAUAGAGCAAUAGCCGUCUCUCGGUACACGGAAGACUUUGUGGAAGAGGGAAGACUUGGUAAGGGCGGAUUUGGUGAGGUUGUCAAGGCUAGGAAAAAGCUGGAUGGACAGAUAUACGCAAUUAAAAAGAUCACACAGCGUUCACAGGCAAGCCUUACGGAAAUCCUCAAGGAAGUCCGACUGCUCUCGCAGCUUAGCCAUCCCGCAGUUGUGCGGUAUUACAACACUUGGGUCGAAGAGAUUCCUGAUUCAACAGACACCGAGGGUGAAACAUCAACGGAUGACUACACAGAGGAUACUCGGGACACAGGUAACGAAUCCGCUGGUAUUGAUAUCCAGUUUGCUACAAGCACUGGCGGCUUGGAUUUUAUAUCGUCCAAUGCUGGAGUGGAAUUUGACUACGAUUCGGACGAGGACGAGGAGGACGAGGAGGACCAUGAUUCGUCCGAUGACGAAGAAGACGACGAUCGAAGCUCUAUUAUGGACUCCAUUGGUCAUCGUGAAAAGCAUCACGAGAAGGACAGGCUAGCUGCCCUGCAGCGGCGCGCUCGAAUGCAUCGGUCUUACCGAACAGUUCUCUACAUCUCCAUGGAAUACUGCGAGAAGCGGACUUUGAGAGAUCUUAUCGCGCGAAAGUUGUACAAAAAUACUGCAGAAGUGUGGCGGCUUUUUAGACAGAUUCUGGAAGGUUUGGCGCACAUUCAUUCGCUAAGUAUUGUUCACCGCGAUCUCAAGCCGGAGAACAUAUUUAUUGCGAGCAGUGCCGACGGUGUGGACAAUGUCAAGAUUGGCGACUUUGGUUUGGCAACCAGCGGCCAGUUUUCUGUGGAUCGAACCACUGUCAACGGCUAUGAGGCAGAUGACAUGACAAGAAGUAUUGGAACAGCUUAUUACUCUGCCCCAGAAGUGCGAUCUGCAUCCAAUGGAAUGUAUAGCACUAAAGUCGACAUGUAUUCCCUCGGAAUCAUUUUCUUUGAGAUGUGCUAUCUGCCUAUGAUGGGCAUGCAAAAAGCCGAUGUUCUUGGGCAGCUUCGACGUCCUGUCCCUGUUCUACCCUCGGAUUUCCGACCUGCUGAAAAGACACAAACUGAGAUUGUGCUCUCGCUUGUCAAUCAUAACCCCAAAGAACGGCCAUCUAGUUCUGAUCUACUCAAGAGUGGUAAAUUGCCAGUCCAAAUGGAGAGCGAGACCAUCAGGCGAACUUUGGCGGGUCUGGCAGACCCUAAUUCCCCAUAUUACCAAAAGAUGUUGUCAACGCUGUUUGCACGGCCCGUGGAGGCGGCCAAGAAUUUCGCGUGGGACAUGAACGGCACCACACCCAGUUCUGCCGAGCUUCUGAAUCAAAGCAUCGUCAAGAAUGCGUUGGUGGCCAUUUUUCGCCGUCACGGAGCCCUUGAGGCAACACGAACUUCGAUAUAUCCCAAGACGGUGCACCAUGCUGACAACGCUGUUCGACUUCUUGAUUCCAACGGCACUGUCCUCCAGCUUCCUUAUGAUCUUACAAUGGGACACGCCCGAAUGUUGGCAAAACACUCGCAGACUCCUCCCCUGCAACGCACCUUUACGUUUGGCAGCGUGUUUAGAGAUAAGCAAGAUACAGGGCAGCCUCAGAUGUUUGGUGAGGUGGAUUUUGACAUUGUCACGAUCGACACGCUGGAUCUGGCAUUGAAAGAAGCCGAGGUCUUGAAAGUCCUGGAUGAGAUUCUCCAUACGUUUCCAUCCUUGUCAGCCUCGCAAAUGUGCUUCCAUGUUGGACACUCUGACAUCCUCCAACUAAUUUUCGAAUACUGUGGUAUUCCCCCUUCUUCUAGGAGGGCAGCGGCAGAUGUCUUAUCCAGGCUAAACAUUCACAACCAUACAUGGCAGAAGAUUAGGAUGGAGCUUCGAUCUCCUGCAGUGGGAAUCUCAGCUACCAGUAUUGACGAGCUUCAGCGAUUCGAUUUCCGAGACACACCAAACAAGGCGUUUGCAAAGCUAAAGCUCGUUUUUGAAGGCAGCGACAUGUAUCAACGGGCCGCGUCGACAAUAGCACAUCUCAAGGAAGUGGUGGAGUAUACCAAGCGAUUGGGCGUCACUACCAAGAUUUACAUCAAUCCUCUCAACAGUCUCAAAGAAGGCUUUUACAUCGGUGGCAUCCUUUUCUCCUGCAUCUACGAUAAGAAGGCCAAAGACGUUUUUGCCGCUGGUGGCCGGUAUGACCACUUGAUCAACGAGCAGCGUCCCAAGAUUGGAGGGCAGUUUGAAAAACGCCAUGCCGUCGGGUUCAGCCUGGCUUGGGAAAGGUUGGCAAAAACGCCAAAAUCCGGCGGCUACUCGUUUUUGAAGAAGAGCGAAGAAGAUGUGAGCAGCAUAUUCAGCAGUAAACGUUGCGAUAUUUUGGUGGCAAGUUUUGAUGCAGCGACUCUUCGAUCCUCUGGAAUUGAGGUAUUGCGGCUUCUCUGGUCACACGAUAUAAGCGCAGAGCUUGCUAGGGACUCCAGAUCUCCAGAAGAUUUAAUGUCGAAACACCGGGAUGAGAGCUAUUGUUGGAUCAUCAUCAUCAAGCAAGAUUCUAUGCUGAAAAUCAAGACUGUGGGAAAGAAGGAUGUACCGGAUGUAGAUCUUCCCAUGGCGCAGCUCCUUUCCUGGCUGAGACCUGAGAUUCGAGACCGAGAUUCCAAGGCUGCAGCAAAGUUUCGUGGAGCACCCGAGCCAGCAAUACAAAGCGAGAAAGAUCACGAGCAGGAAGUCAAGAUCAUGGUUGCCCAAACCAAGAGCAAAAAGUUCAAUCGGCGCACAGUGGUGGAGCAAGCACAAAUCACCGCAGCCACGCUGAUGAAUUCGUUUCUCGAAGGCCCUAUCUUGGCCGUCGAAACCAGCGAUCACCUGAUGGAGCUUGUACAGAACACAAACUUAUCAGACCCUGAAAGCUGGCGGAGAGCUGAGCAUGGCGUGGCAACGUCGGAGAAGAAGAACAUUCGUGAGAUUCACGAUCAGCUUGACACCUGGAGGUACAGGUAUGAGAAGAAGAAUGGCUCGAAGCAUUCGUUUUUGUACAACUUCCGAUCGGGAACCUGCAUGUAUUACGAUUUAUCAGGAUAAGAGACGUAUUUUGUUGGGCAUAGGGGCAUCCGUGCAUAUCAUUCGAGCGAUGUAUCUUGACAGGUAGCAUUGG